AUGAAUGAAUCUUUGAUGCAUUUCCAGUUCUCCUGCAAUAUAAGUCCAAGCUCAGCACCUGACCUUUACAUCAGUGUCACCAAACAGGAGCCCUACCAUGUUGCCAUACCCAUGACAGCCUUCUACAGCAUUCUAUUUGUCUUUGGGGUCCUAUCCAAUGGUGUUAGCAUGCUUACGCUCCUCAGGGAUGCCCGCAUGAAGCUCAGUGCCAUACAGCUCUACCUGCUUAGUCUGGUUCUAUCUGACCUCCUCCAACUACUGACAAUUCCCAUCACUGUAUACCGCUACUAUUGGGAAAGCUACCCAUGGAGACUGGGAGAACCCUUGUGCAAAGCUUACUUCAUGGUGCGCCAGAUGUACUGUGCCACAACCAGCUGGGUGAUCCUUGCAUUUACUAUUGAGCGCUAUGUGGCCAUCUGCCACACUAUGUGGUCCCUUGCUGGCCUCAAGAAGUCACGACUCCCCUGUCUUCUGGGCUGGAUCUGGGUACUGGCAUUGGGUACUUCAGUGCCAUUUGCUCUCGUCUACAGGCAUGCCCGAGCCUGCAUCCUGGAUUACGGGGCAACAUCACCCGACACAGCCUUUGUUGUGUCCACCAUGUGUGAGAUGACCGAGGAGGAACCUUCCCCCCUUUACAAGGGAGCACUACUUCUGAGGGCCAUCCUUUGCUUCUUGGUCCCACUUGUGUGCAUCUUCGCCCUCUACAUACUCAUCAUUACCCACUUCCACUACAACAGCCGCCAGCGCAUGGCCAUGGGCAUCACUAGGGCUGUAAGUGAAGGAGGAAAUCCACAGUGCCUCCAGAGUGGGAAGCUGCUGAUUCAAGAGAAACGGGCUUUGCGGCUUAUGGGGGCUGUGGUGGUGACUUUCUUUGUGUGCAACUUCCCUGACAUUGCAUCCUCACUCAUGCAAGUUUAUGUGGACUCGUGGUCAGGGACUGUGCUAACGGUGUACACAGUGUUCAAGUCCUACCUGUCACUGCCUCUCUGGUAUGUGAACAGUGCGUUGGACCCCAUCCUCUUCUGCAUCUCCUCUAAAAUAUUUCGCAAAGCAUGUUGGGAAACCUUGGGGCCUCUCAGACCCCGAUGUCUGCAUGUGUGCAGACACAGAAACCCAAUAUCUGUGACAAACAUGGUUAGCCAGAAUUCCACAGGAGCAGUUAGCAUGUCAGCCUGA